AUGGAUAUCAGGCUCAGAAAUGGAAUUAUGAAUUUUUUGUCAUUUAAAUGCAAAAAAUCUUUAAGUAUUUCUAUCAAACUACCUUUGGAAGCUUCUGAAAAUACUUCAAGCAAUCAAAGGGACUUCAAACUUUCAGGAUUUAUUCAGUAUUGUCUUCUUAUCAAACAAAAAAAACCGCGAAUGGAUAUCAGGCUCAGAAAUGGAAUUAUGAAUUUUUUGUCAUUUAAAUGCAAAAAAUCUUUAAGUAUUUCUAUCAAACUACCUUUGGAAGCUUCUGAAAAUACUUCAAGCAAUCAAAGGGACUUCAAACUUUCAGGAUUUAUUCAGUAUUGUCUUCUUAUCAAACAAAAAAAACCGCGAAUGGAUAUCAGGCUCAGAAAUGGAAUUAUGAAUUUUUUGUCAUUUAAAUGCAAAAAAUCUUUAAGUAUUUCUAUCAAACUACCUUUGGAAGCUUCUGAAAAUACUUCAAGCAAUCAAAGGAACUUCAAACUUUCAGAAUUUAUUGAGUAG